CACGCACCCAUUUAAAUAAGUUACAUACACUUUAAUAGACCUAAUACCACGCGACCAACGCAACAGCCUACGAGCUGGCUGCGCGUCCUUAACUACACUAUGGAGUCUAUCUCUCGAAUAUCUAAUCUCCUCGAGAGCGCUCGGGAGCUCACUCUCGAUGCGGCCCAAGCUGCUCGGAGCUCUCGUAGUACCACACGAUCCCUACCUACAGAACAAGUGAAGAAACUCCUAGAUAGCCGAAAUGAUCGUGAGGUUCUUGACGGAUUACGGCGAGUUAUUUCUAUGAUGUACCGCCAACAGAGGACGUUACCAUUCUUCUCUUCCGUUGUUAAGAAUGUCGCAUCACCAAAUAUCGAAAUCAAGAAACUCGUAUACAUAUACCUAAUACACCAUGCCGAGCAAGAACCCGAUAUGGCUCUCCUAUCCAUUAAUACCAUUCAAAAAUCAUUAUCCGAUUCGAACCCCCAAGUACGAGCGCUCGCACUACGAACGAUGUCUGGAAUCCGAGUCCCAGUUAUCAGUCAAAUUGUUUCGUUGGCUAUCAAAAAGGGUGUGGUCGAUAUGUCUCCUCACGUCCGAAAAGCUGCCGCUCUCGCUAUACCUAAAUGCUACCGCCUGGAACCGAGCACUUUACCACAAUUAUUAGAAUACCUGACGACCCUCCUAGGCGACAAGCAGUACUUCGUCGCGGGCGCUGCAGUCAGCGCAUAUAUGGAAAUAUGCCCAGACAAAGUGGAGUUGAUACAUAAACACUACAGGAGUCUUGUCAAAAAGAUUGUCGAUAUGGACGAAUGGAGUCAACUUGCGAUGUUAAGGAUGAUGUCUAUAUACGCGCGAAAAUGCUUUCCGAGACGGACGAAAAGCGCCAAGGCUAAAGACAAAUCAGCCGAUCUUCAAGAUUUCUACGGCGAAGGUGCAUCAGAUCCCGCAUCAGAAGGAGAACAAGUGGUCAUACUUGACCCGGAUCUUGUUCUGCUACUAAACGGGAUAAGACCACUUCUACAGAGCAGGAAUUCCGGGGUAGUAGUGGCUGUGGCACGCUGUUAUGCGGACAUCGGCACUCCCGAAUAUACGAAGGCAGCUGCUGGACCCUUAGUUGCUCUCCUAAGGGGAGCACAGGACAUCCAGCAGGUCGCUCUUUACAACAUAGUAUCCGUCUGUCUUUUACACCCGGAGACAUUCGUCAAGCACGCUUCUCACUUCCUCGUCCGCGCUACUGACACCGCCCCGGUAUGGGAACUGAAGCUUGAGGUACUUGCAUUAAUUUUCCCCCACAGUCCGCUACAGACGAAGAGCCUCAUUCUAAAUGAGCUCGAACACUUUUCCCGCGGGACGAAUAAGUCACUCGUUCGUGAGGCAGUACGGGCCAUUGGUCGCUGCGCGCAGGCAGAUCCAGCAACCGCACCACGGUGCAUGCGACUGUUGUUAGGGCAAAUAACGAGUCUCGACGGUACACUAGCGGCUGAAUCCCUAACCGUGAUCCGACACCUCAUUCAGCAGGAUCCCCAAGCGCACGUGGGCACCGUUGUGCGAUUAGCGAAGAACCUUGAUUCAGCAACAGAUCCACAGGCGCGCGCAACGAUCAUAUGGCUCGUCGGUGAAUUUUCUGGCUUGAAUGGAGAGGAUAAUAUCGCGGCCGAUGUAUUACGCAUACUAUUAAAGGAAUUUGCGGAUGAGUCUGAGAUCGCCAAGAGGCAGAUUGUCCUUCUCGCUGCUAAGGUCUAUUUGCAUCACAUCAACCGGACAACCGAGGAGACGCAGAAAUUGGGGGAGGAAAGCCAAGAUCAACCUCCCCCGAAUUCGGAAGACCAUCCUAUAGCCCGUCUAUGGAAUUAUGUCAUUCUACUCGUCCGCUACGAUACGUCAUACGACCUACGAGAUCGUACGCGGUUGUACAAAGCGUUAUUAAGUGUGCCCCAACUCGCUACCUUAACACUACUCGCACCAAAACCUGCACCUCAAGCGCCGAGCCCGUCGGAAACGCGGAAAGGGCUAGCACUAGGCUCCUCAGCUCUAGUGCUUUCUGCUGGUGGAGGUAUGGGCGUACAUGGCCUUCGCGGGUAUGAGCCGCUCCCAGAUUGGGUGGCAGAGGGCGCUGAGCCAGACCCGAAAUUGCGCAACCAGGACGGAGUCCGAAAUGAGUACGGUGAGGAGAAGCGAACCAUACCCGCGGCACGUAUUCUAGGGGAUGCUACGCCGUCAUCACAAGGAAGUAGGAGCAAUGGGUUAUCUUCCUCGGCAGCGGCUGGCACAGGGGCCAAGACUUUGGAUGAUUGGCUUGCUGAAGAUGAGGAAGGGGAAGAGGAGAGCGAAGAGGAAGAAGAAUUAGAAGAGGAGUCCGAAGAGGAAGAAGAGGACGAUGAAGAUGACAGUGACCAAGAGUCAGAUGAUGAGAAAGCUGAGCUAGAGGGAUUUUUGAAUCGUUAAUCCCAAGCCAUUGUUAGGAGUUUUCCUUUCUAAUUUUUGCAUACUGUGCGAAGGCAUGCUGAAGUUAGAAUUGUACCGGGACAGGUGCAUUGGGAUCUACUGCAUAUCUACAUGGAAUCGGCUAUUAGAAGCAUCGCUAUCUAGAGCUUUUGUUUCUUGCUAUCUUGCUAUGUCUAUCUAGGUAAAAAGCGAGGUUAGAAAUGAUCGAUAAUUGAAAAAAUUACCAACAUGCGAGAUGUCAUCGAAGAAAUAAUUGUGAGGCCAUAAUUGAGGCUUGUGCAUCCUAUUUCCAUGGGAAUAUAGGCUGUUUAAAGCAAGGAUAACUCAUUCAUCUAUCAAUGGGGGGUACUCAAGUCUAUGAUCGUAAACAUCGCUAUAGCAUCUAUGUAUAUAUGUCUACCAGGCAAUAUCUUAUAGAGAAGUAAAGCAAAUAUAAACCGCUAGUCCAAUGCUAAUUCUUGACCUGCUCAAAAGAAAAGCUCUCAACACAAGGAUCUAAUGAAAUUCUAUACGCUCAGAGCCUCCGUCUUCCGCUCUGUCUGUCCAGCCUCAUCGCCCGAUACGAUAGGCUCGUCGGAGUUCG